AUGAGUCUCAAAGGCGUAGGGAAGAGUUUGACUCGUGCGCCGCAGCAAUUCAAACAGCGUUUCAACCUUGGUGACAACACCAAAGACGCUGUAUACAUUGAUGCCGAGCGUCGCUUCGCCGAGUUAGAAACCGAGACCAAAAAGCUGCAUGAUGAGUCCAAGAAGUACUUUGAUGCCAUCAAUGGCAUGCUCAAUCACCAGAUUGAGUUCUCAAAAGCCAUCCAGGAAAUAUACAAGCCCAUAUCAGGACGUGUAUCUGAUCCCAACUCUACCAUCCCCGAAGGCAAUCCCGAAGGCAUCCGGGCAUGUGAGGAAUACGAGACAAUCGUGCGCGAACUGCAGGCCACAUUGCAGCCCGAACUGGAGAUGAUUGAGCAGCGAGUCAUUGCUCCUGCAGACCAAUUGCUGGAGGUUAUAAAGUCCAUUCGCAAAGUUUCUGUCAAACGUCAACAUAAGCAACUCGAUUAUGAUCGCCACAGAGCCACGCUGAAGAAACUUCAAGACAAAAAGGAGAAGACUCUCAAGGAUGAGAAAGCUCUCUUCAAAGCAGAAAACGACGUCGAACAGGCCACCCAGGAUUACGAGUACUUCAACAACCUACUCAAGGAUGAACUCCCCAAGCUUUUUGCUCUCGAGGCUGAAUUCAUUGGACCACUUUUCCAAUCAUUCUAUUACAUGCAAUUAAACGUAUUCUACACGCUGCAUGAUAAGAUGCAAGGAAUAAACAUCGGCUACUUCAAUCUGACCCUCGAUAUCGAAGAAGCAUUUGAGAUGAAGAGAGGCGAUGUCCAAGAACGUGCUGAAGCUCUAUCGAUAUGCCAUUUCAAAGGCACCGGGGGUAUCAAGGUUGCAAAAGGCAUGUCCAAAUACGCCGCCAAAUCAAAAGAGGCAGAAGCCAACAAGUCCACCUAUGCUGGCCGAAAAAUCCACGACCCAGAAGCAGGUCUGGCCAAUCCACCACCUCCAUACUCACCCACGACAUCUGUGAGCGGCCCCAGCAGUCCUGCGCUGGCCGCUUCCAUCGCUGCAAAGGGGAAGCCUCCACCACCCAAGCCCAAGCCCAGUCGCUUGAGUGGAGUUCCCGCAGCUGAGACUGUGACGGCCCUCUACGACUACGAGGCUCAAGCAGAGGGCGAUCUUAGUUUUAUGACAGGCGAUGUAAUUGAAAUCACUUCGAGAACCCAGAAUGAGAACGAAUGGUGGUCAGGCCGAGUGAAUGGGAAGUCGGGCCAAUUUCCUGGCAAUUACGUACGUCUGAACUAG